AUGGUAUCGAGACGAAGGCUUCCAGUAUCUCUCAUCGUUGCUUGCUCCGUGAACCGCGUGAUUGGUAAACAAGGUAAAUUACCGUGGAACUUACCAGCUGACUGGGCAUUCUUUACUUCGAUUACGAAAAACCAAGUGCUGAUUGUUGGACGACGGUCGUUCGAAGAAUUUGACGAGCCGAUUCCGAAUCGCCAUACAAUCAUUGUGUCUUCAACGCUAAAGCGGCCAACACGAGCUGGAGUAGUUGGUGGUCAAUGGUCAGGAGCUCAAGUAGCUGGGACACUGGAGCAGGCACUUCAAUUGGCAAACUCAGACCCACAGUAUCGGGAUUGCAGCCACAUUUUUAUUGGCGGUGGUGAAAAGUUAUACAAGGAAGCAAUGACUGCUAAUGUCGCGGAAUCAUGCUACGUCACGAGAUUGCACCAAGUGAUUAAUGAUGGUGACAGGUUUUUUCCAAAGUGGACAAUGCAGUUUACGAAUCUGAGGUUCUCGGCAAAAACAAACGGAGGAGGGAAAACGAGGUGA